AUGCCAAGAGUGCACCUGCCUCCCAGAAUGGCUCCAGAGAACACAGAGCAAGCUCCCAGCCUACGGACCAAGCCAACUGAGGGGGUCGACUUCGAGCCGCAUCCGGAGCUGCUCAUGGCCGCGCGCCGCGGCGACUGGCGGCAGCUCGAGCGUCUCCUUGGCCAAAAAGACGACGCAGCAGCGGCGCCCCCGCCGGCGCCAGUGCGACCGGCACGUCAUGAUGUGAUCGUCCACAUCGAGGAAGCCGUUAAUGUCGAAUCGGCAUCCACGGUGACCUCGGCCGACGCGGUCACCGUGGCGCGGGACUCCGUCCUCCACGUGGUCGCGUCUCGGGGAGACGCUCAUGAGUUCCUGAAGAGCGCGACGGUGAUCUACGACAGGGCCCGUCACCUGCUCGACGCCCGGAACGGCAACGGCGACACGCCCCUGCACUGCGCCGCCCGGGCAGGGUGGGGCGGGAUGGUCGCUCAUCUCGUGGGUCUCGCGAGAGGAGCCGAGAAUGGCGGUGGCGGCGGCGACGACGAGAAGGUGAAGGCGAUGCUGAGGAUGCAGAACGAGCAGGGAGAGACGGUGCUACACGAGGCGGUCCGUUUGGGCAGCGGAGACAUGGUCGGCCGGCUGAUGUCGGAGGACCCCCAUCUAGCUCGAGUUCCGCCGGCCGAUGGCGCCUCGCCGCUGUACUUGGCUGUCUCGCUGGAACACGACGACAUUGCACGGCAGCUCUAUCAGAACGACAAAGGGUUGUCAUACUCUGGACCAGACGGGCGAAAUGCCUUGCAUGUAGCCGCUCUCAAGGGCAAAGAGACAAUAAAAAUGCUACUGGAAUGGAACAAGGAUCUCAUCAGACAAGCAGACAGAUCCAGUAGAAGCACACCUCUCCACUUUGCGGCAUCAUGGGGGGAGCAUGAGGUGAUCAGCUUGCUCUUGGAUGCUGACCAAUCCGCGGCGUAUCAGCCAGACAUCGACAGAUCGUUUCCCAUACACGUGGCGGCGUACGCGAACAAAGUCAAGGCAGUCUCUGUCUUGCUCGACGGCCGCCGGGACUGCGCCGAGCUACGUGACGCCAAUGGCAGGACCUUCCUCCAUGUGGCCGUCCUUGAGGAGAGCCAGUCUGUGGUGACAUACGCCUCCAACCUGCAGAGCAAGAAAUUUGCAUCGUCGGUGAUGAACAUGCAGGACAAGGACGGCAACACCGCGCUGCAUCUUGCGAUCCAGAUGGGGAACAUGUGGAUCUUCAGUCCUCUAAUGAAGAACCAUGAAGUUAAGCUGAAUCUGAGAAACAACAAGGGACAAACGCCACUUGAUCUCUCGUGGAUCACGACACCUGCAGGGGUUCAUUACGGAUUGAACCCAAGAAUUAUGAUACAUAGGUUGCUUCAAGAUGCUGGCGCAAAGAAUGGCACAUUUAGAUGUGAUCACUUCCACAAAGAACAUAUUGUUUUGCUAGACCCGAAGGAAGAAGCGCAGAAGAUAACCGACUCCACACAGACCAUAGGCAUCGGCUCUGUGCUGAUCGCGACGGUGGCCUUCACCGCAGCCUUCGCCCUACCCGGUGGCUACCGAGCGGAUGACCAUCCGAAUGGCGGCACACCGACGCUGGCCAGGCACUAUGCGUUCGACGUGUUCAUCAUCGCCAACACGCUAGCCUUCAUCUGCGCGUGCCUAUCCAUCACCAGCCUCAUGUACGCGGGGGUCACCACCGUGGACAUCCGCACCCGCAUGAUCUCCUUCGUUAUCUCGGUCACGUUCAUGGCCGGCUCGGCUAGGAGCCUCGGCGCUGCCUUUGUGUUCGGGCUGUAUGUGGUGCUGGCCACGGUCGCGCGCACAACGGCCAUCGCUUCAUGCGCGAUCACAGCUCUCGCAUUGGUCGACGCCGUGUGGGCCUUCUCGAUGGUGGCCAAUGGGGAGCUGAUGCUGCUAAAGAGGCUUGGAGUUCGGGCAUGGUGGAGGCUUCCAUGGGCGAUUCUACUGACCUUUCUGUCGCAGUUUUGGCCUUACAUUGUGAUCGCCGGCGUGCUAAUAUUUUACAAGGUUGAUAGAGUUCAUUGA